CUCGCGCCCCCGGCCGCGGCCCCGCCCCCGGCCCCGCCCGCGCCCUCGGCCGUCCGCGUUCACGCGGCCGCCGCGGCCGCCCUUGCCGGGCUGGUGCUUUUUGCGGGACUCCUCUUCUUCCGCCACCAUAUCAAUAAUUUCGUCGGGAAUUCUCAGAUAUUUGAUCGAGUUCCCGCGAAUGUAGCACUGCGGCAGCUUCCAGAAGCGGUCGCCGUCGCGGCUCGUGCAGAUGACGUCCUCGAGAUUCACGUUCAUCCAGGUGUCGGCGCCGACGAGCUUGCCGUUGUACGUGUCGCCGUUUUUCAGCUCAAUCAACAUCGCCUGGCCCGUGGCCGUCGACAGGAGGCUCAGCGGCAGCAUGUUUCACCGCUUCUCUGCUUAGCAGCCCUCUGGGUGUGUUUUGCAGGACGGCGCGGCGCGCGCGCUGGCUGGCUGCGAGCGCAAGUGAUGCGGCUUCUUCUGGCAAUCGUCUCAGAACGCGUAGCCAAAUCGACGCGUAAAUCAGCGUCCCUUGGCCGCCGCGCCCCCGGCCCAUGCUAG